ACAUUGGACAGCUCGCCGUUGUUUUCAUGGCGUCAGCUGUUGGACGGUGAAGGAAGUCAAUUGCUAGAACCUGUCGUAAUUAUAAGAUAUGGGGUACGCCGACCAUCCAGACGGUCAGGAAUGCUUCGAGAAGGUGUUCGCGUGUACCAAAUACAGCGGGUUUGCUGGGCUGAUUCUAUCAACGUAUGAUGCACUGAUGAUCACAAAGCCACAAGGCUAUGUACCUACUAUAGCUACUUACAUGAAGAGCACCAUCCCUGCUGCAGCUGCUGGGGCAACAUUUGCAACAGUGUCAUGUGUAUCAACCAAUCUACGAGGGAAAGAUGAUAAAAUCAAUUAUUUCCUGGGAGGAGCUGCUGCUGGUGGUGUGUUUGGAAUAGCUGCACGUACAUUCCGAGUGGGUGUGCCACUGGGCUUUUUUCUGGGCUUUGCAGCCAUAAUCUACAAGGACUCAAAGGAUGAAGGAUGGUCAAUUUUCCCUCAGACUGUGCACAAGAUGGGUGCCAUGGAUCACAGACAGUUCAAUUUUACCUUAACCCCAGACAAGUAAUUUUCUUGCUAAUAAUGACAAAAGUUAUCAUUAAGAUGAUCAGGUUGGUUAGAGUUAAAAUAAUCUAACAAAGUUGAAGUUAUCAUUUAGAUGAAGGGCUUUAAUUUCAAAAUUUAUUUAAGAUAAAAUGAGAAAUUUGAGUAUUGUUGGUCAUUCAUCUUUACCAUGUAUAACUCCACUGUCACUAGUAGCCAACAGCCAAUACAGCAGAAGGUAAUUAUUAUUAAGCCUCUAAUUAUUUGUGUGUAUCAAUGUUGAUGCAUCACAAUGUAAAACAACCUUGUAAAUAAAUGUUUUAUUCUU